UCCUCUUCCCUGUCCGUCUCACCACCACCCCCACCACCCCCACCACCACUACCACCAGCAGCAGCAACAACACAACGUGGACCAUGGAGGCGUGGCAUCAUCCACCGCUUCGGCCCUACCGGCCACUGGGCAGAUGGGCCUGGACUUCUGCGAAGUCUGGCUCUUGUCACAUCUGCCUCUGGCCGCCAGUUCGUCUCCUCUGGGCCUGACCUGAGGCUGAAUGGCUCCAAUGGUCUGUCCGAGCUGGGGAUCCGGAAAUCGUGGAGACCGACUGGAUCCUACCAAGUCGGGGUAGCCGAAGAGCCUCUUCAUGCAAGGAGCAAUGCGAUUGGCUGGUUGGCUGACUGGCUGGUGGGCAGUUUGGGACUCUGGACGUGUGAGACCUCCAUGAAGAGACAGAACGCAGGAACGGGACAAAACGACACAUGGAAUGAAGAUGAUUAA